GUCCAUCCUCAUGCGGCUGACGCAACGUAGUGAGCGGAGCGGCGGCUUAUGCGGUCCGUCUGUCUGCGGGCAAUGUGACUUUAAUAACAGCAGCACACGCUUUAUUUUGACCCAAAAUGGAGCCCGGUUUCUCUCUGUUCCUUCUCUCUGGGAUGCUGUUGUGUGGUGUACUUCUCCACACGGUGUCUCAACAUGGAGCCCAUGUUGAUAAGCCCAAUAAGAAGCCCAAUUUCAUAGUCAUACUGGCAGAUGAUAUAGGCUGGGGAGACCUGGAUGUUAACCAGCCUGACAAGAAGGCAAACAACACCCCUUACCUAAACCUGAUGGCUGAGCAAGGACUAAGAUUGACAGACUUCCAUUCUCCUGCCUCAACCUGUUCACCAUCCCGUGCUGCCAUCCUGACGGGUCGCUAUGGCCUAAGAAACGGGGUAACUCAUAACUUUGCUGUGGGCUCUGUAGCCGGUCUGCCUCUGUCUGAAGUCACCUUGCCCCAGCUACUACAGAAAGCGGGUUAUUACACAGCCAUGAUUGGGAAAUGGCAUCUCGGCCACAAUGGACCAUACAGUCCAACUAACAGAGGGUUUGACUACUACUUCGGUAUUCCAUACAGUAAUGACAUGGGCUGUACUGACAUUCCUGGAUACAAUUUGCCACAGUGUCCUCCCUGUGACUCAUCUGGACCUCAAGUAAUCAGGCUAAAGAGGGGUGUACAUGGAGAGUGUUACUCCAAAGUGGGACUUCCUCUGAUUGAAAACAGCAGCAUUGUGGAGCAGCCACUUGACCUGUGGACACUAACGGAACAAUACAAGUCUGCUGCAACCAGGAUCAUCCAAAAUGCAAGGGAGCGAGGACAGCCCUAUCUCCUCUACAUAGCUUUGGCUCAUAUGCAUGUUCCCCUGGCUCCUCCACUCCCUCCAGAUACUUCAGCCACCACUAGUCGCCCAGAUGACGGCAAAGUGUACACCGCCAGCCUGCGAGAGAUGGACGACCUGGUGGGGGUGGUAAAGAGCACUUCUGAUGACACAGACAAAGACAAUACUCUAAUCUGGUUCACCGGUGACAACGGUCCUUGGGAGCAGAAGUGCCAGUAUGCAGGAAGUGUCGGACCUUUCAAGGGAAAGUGGCAGACCAGCAGAGGUGGAGGCUCGGCUAAGCGAACAACCUGGGAGGGAGGUCACAGGGUGCCAACAGUGGCUUAUUGGCCCGGGAGGAUCUCUGCAAACACCACAAGCUCUGCCCUACUCAGUGGUAUGGACAUCUUCCCUACACUUCUCUCCCUGGCAGGUGUAACUCCCCCCAUAGACAGACGUUAUGAUGGCAUUGACGCCACAAAUAUCUUCCUACAUGGUGAACGGAGUGGUCAUGAGGUCCUGUUCCACCCUAACAGCGGUGCUGCAGGGACAUUUGGUGACCUGGAAACAGUUCGAACAGGGAAACACAAAGCUUUCUACAUCACGGGUGGAGCUGAGCCCUGUGGUGGUGCAACAGGAAGGCAGCAACUUCACAACCCGCCGCUAAUAUUUGAUCUGGAGUGUGAUCAGACUGAGGAAACACCCCUGGAGGUCCAGACACCUGAAUACCAGGCAGUACAGGAGAAGAUUGCCCGUUGGAGGGAGGAGUUGUUAUGGGACAUCGCCACUGACAAGUCUGUGUCCGCGGCAGACUACACCACAGACAAAUCAGCAGCGCCCUGCUGUGACCCCAGACAUGCUGUUUGCCGCUGCCACCCGCUAGGCUGAGAGUGGGGAAAUCACACAGACAAACACCCACAGAAAAAAACUCAAAGAUAACCACAGAGAUCUAAGCAAACAGACGUGAAGACAAAUAUCUCCUUUUUUAAAAUGUGCUCAGCUGUUUGUAGAACGUGUUGUUUGGGAGGUUCAAUGUCCAGAUGCAGCAGGAGACGUGCAAACAAACAGAGAGAGCAAAGAGGGGCAGGUGGCUGAACUUUGACCAGUGGGAAUUGUGAGGUCAGUAAUUUAGUGAAGAUGUACUACAAUUUCUCAAUCAAUAAAGUGUAAUUCAACAUGUGAAAGUUUGAA